UUACCUUCUGGGGGAGCUGAUGGAGUCGUCCCUGCUGGCGCUGCUGGUGGGAGUGACCAUGACUGUGCUGGGCAACGUCCCAUUCGUCAUGGUAUCGCUCUCCUACACCCACCUCCCUCUGCACCUCUACAUCAUCCUGAGUCUACUUGCGCCGUCUGGGUUUGGCUUCGGUUUCCGCGUUUUAUGCCAGUACGAAAUGGCGGCGACGUCGGCCACGUUCCAGAACCUCUUCGUGCCUCCCACUGUCGACAGCGAAAUGACGUCAGGCUACGCGCUGCUGAUGCUGCUGCUGGACGCAUGUCUGCUGCUGGUGCUGACGCUGCUACUGCAGCUCUGCAGAGUUGGAUACAGACGCUGCUUUUCCCCCAAGGUUCACUCCGGCUCUUCGGAGCGACUCUGUGGCAAAGGUUCAUGGUUGAACGCUCCUGAUGUCACCGCCGUCAAGAAUAUUCAGCACCAGCAAGGGUGCGUGCGGUUGUCGCAAGUGAGGUACGCGGUGCAGGGGCGCGCAGGCCGAGGCGGCAGGACGCUGCUGGAGGGCGUCACGCUCGACCUCAAGCAGGGGCACGUCACGGCCCUCCUGGGGCACAACGGCGCCGGCAAGACUACCCUCAUAUGGCUCGGGAAGCUGGGUUUCGGUGACCACGGAGACCAGCUGUGCUGUCACCUGUCAGAAGGACUCUGUCAGCAGCUGGCUGUUGCGGUAGCCUUCCUGGGCUCCAGUCAGCUGGUGCUGCUGGAUGAGCCCACAGCUGGUGUAGACCCCACCGCCCGACGAGCCAUCUGGCAGCUGGUGCAGCUGGAGAAGACGUCGCGUGUGGUGGUCGUUGCGACGCAUUUCCUGGACGAGGCCGAGAUGCUUGCUGACGUCGUCAUCGUCGUUGACCAUGGUCGCGUGGUGGGGCAAGGCCCACCCUGGGAGCUCAAGAGGCAGCUGGGACCAGGGCUACGCGUGAACCUGGUUCGCGGUGAACCCUCAGUGACCAUCUGCGGUCGCGUGGUGGGGCAAGGGUCCCCUUGGGAGCUCAAGAGGCAGCUGGGGCCAGGGCUACGCGUGAACCUGGUUCGCGGUGAACCCUCAGUGGCUCGUGCUGGGCUCCCGAGAACCGAGUUUAUGGACCGCAGUCACCGCCUCGCCCAGCAGCACCAAGAUGGGGCGAGCGAUCGCGUGCUGCAGCUGGUGCAGCAGGUGGUGCCGGAGUGCAGCAUCCUGCGGGACACGGCUGAGAGACUCACCCUCACCCUCCCCCACCCCGCGCUGGGGGAGUCCAGGUGGUUACUGGGGGUCUUGGUGGCUGGGGGUGAACCGGAGAAUCUUGUUCGAAAAAUUGAUGCGGAAAUUUGA